AUUAUCUAUGAUGGCAAUCACAGCAUCUAUGAUCAUAACCUAUAAACAUAACCAAGUUAUUAAUUAUUAUUUUAUUCAUUUCGUAUUCUUAUUAAUUUAGUUUUUAUUAUUCAGUAAAAGUUGUAGUUUCAUAUUUAGUUACAAAAAGUAGGCGUAUGGUUUCUGUUUAAUGGCAGUUCAUAAAAUAAUUGCUCGUUAUGGUAGUAAAACGUAUUAUUCAAGUAAAAUGGCUCGCAGUUGUGUUGUUUAUACUUCUGCUAAUGUGUUUAAUGGAAAUUCUGAGCUAUAAGUUGAAUUCAUUGAGUUGGCUUCAACUUAAUCAGUGUAAGAGUAAAAGAUGUACAAAACUUUUACUAGUGGCAGAUCCGCAAUUGAUAGGUUUACGAAAUGAAAUAUUUCAUCUAAUAACUCCUCUUUCCAUAUUUGACAGUGACAUGUUUCUGGCUAGAACAUAUUCUUAUGCCUUCGAAUUUACUCAACCUGAUGUGGUCAUAUUUCUAGGUGACUUAUUUGAUGAAGGUUCAAUUGCUACAGAAGCUGAGUACAAAACAUACUUAAGAAGAUUAUUUGAUAUAUUUCUUAGUGGUCCUUCAGCAAAUGUUAAGCAUAUUUGGAUACCAGGAGACAAUGACAUAGGAGGAGAAGGAAAUGACUUUUUAACAGAUUAUAAGAUAAAAAGAUUUGAAAAAGCGUUUUUACAACCAGAUAUUAUAGGAUUUAAUAAUUUGGAAUUUUAUAAAAUCAACAUGUUGACAAGAACAAUUCCAGUGUUUUAUGACAAAAGGGACUUUUACAAUACAAGCCGUAUUAUUAUGGGAUUGAGUCAUAUAAGUGUUCUUUUUACUCCAAGCACUUUUUCAGAAAAGGUCCUUUCGAAAUUACAACCACAUUUGGUUUUUUCUGGCCACAAUCAUGAAUCAAUGGUGAUAGCAGUAGAUAAUUCACUACGAAAUGAAAGGCAUAUAACUCCUCUUGAUGGUGACAGUGGGAUUUUCGAGUGCGUGCUAGGAGACCAAAGUAUCUACGACAUCCUCGUGCCAUCUUGUUCUUACAGAAUGGGAACCGCUAAAAUAGGCUAUGGCUAUGCAAUAAUAGACGACAAUAAGUUACAAUAUACAGUGCUGUGGUCUCAUUCACGGUUUGUUCCACUACUUCUUUAUUUGAUUUUCUCAAUUUUCAUCGCUUUUAUUAUCUUUUAUAAGUCAGUUUGCUGUAAGUGCAAACGGUCCAAAUAUAAUUCCAUUUCUCAAACUUAAAUUGAUAUCAAAACGUAUUUUAGAGGCAACUAAAAGGCCAAAACUUACUUACAACGAUUUAGCCAGUAUUAUUUUUUUAUUAAGUAAUUUUUUCUAAUGUUGCAUAUCUCUAGAAAAGCUUUUGAUUUUAUUAUAGUCUUUUUGAAAGCACGCAUUUGGUUUUAAAAUUAAAAAAAUUUAAAUGUAAUUUAAAGAAAAAUAAAAUCCAAUAUUCCAAAAUUGUAACUAAUACACGUAUGUAUUUACUUUUUAAAUUAUUUACAAAAUUACGAAGACUGUACAAAAUAAUGCCCCUCUAUUCCGUGCCAUUAAUCUUAAACUUAAAGAUAUUUGCAAUAAUUUUCACUGUAAAUGAAUAGCUUUAUCACUUUAUUGAAAGACAAAAGCUUUAAAACUAUGUAUAUUAAGUGCCUCAAAGUUCGAAGAAAUUUAAAAUAUUAAAAAUUUAUAGCAAUUUUAUGCAUGUAUUAAUAAUGUACUUAUCACAUUAUACAGCGAAACUUACAAUAUUUAUCAAAUAUUUCUUGAUAAAAUAUGUCUAUAUUAUUGGAUUUGUUCCUUGUAUAAUAGUAAUAUAUUUUCUGCACUUUUUAGUCACAA